GAGAGAGAGACACGACAACAUCCCAAAGUUUCAGGCUGCAGCUGUUCGGACGCGGCGGACCGGAACACCUGGAGCAGGUGGCACAUCUGUACCCGGGAACAUCUGAGGACAAUCGGUGUGGUGAUAUCCGCUGAAGUCUGCUGGAGCAGCCCCACCAACACACCCUGCAUUCAAACGAAGCCGCUCUUCCACUCGUGACUGACAACCACAGCGUACCUGACAGACAGACCUUUUUUUUUCUACCUCUUGUUGCGUCUCUGCUUGUCAAGAGAAGCGGUUUUUGAAGAGAUCAACUCGAGUGAAAAACGGCGGAAGAGACUUAUUUUGGCGUUUGACAGCUCUGACCCACUUAUCGCGCUUUGCAUUUCGCAGGCAGCAACAGAAAAAAAAGGUUAUGCACUGUUUUGUAUUCAGGGCCAUCGAUCGACUGACCUCCAGCUCUAAUUAGCCACAUGCAAACACUCGCGCACAAGCAGACGCACACACACCUGGUUGGCUGCAGAUGCUUUAAAUAGUGUUUGCAGCGCUGCCUCUCAGUUCAGUGACACAAACAGUGAAACAGCUGAACCCGACUGGGUGUUAGAAGUCCAUCUGCACACUAUUAACUCCCUCAGAGAACACUGACCUUGACAGUGUUUGGAGACACUGUGGGAGUGUGUGUGUGUGUGUGUUUGCAUUAGCAGGAGGCGGCGUGUCCUGUCUGCUCUGAUUCAGAGUGAGAAUGAGAGCUGAUGUGGCAAAGUGGCUCUGAUAAAUACAAAAAAAAAAUCACCCGUCGCCUGAGGGUCGGCCACUCAAAUAAGAAAUUAGAGUUUUUUCCUGAAAUGUGUCACGCAAAAGAGUAUUAAUUGAAGUGUGUGUGUGUGUGUGUCUGUCACAUUGCCAGAGCAGAUUAGGGCCGCACCUCUCUCGGUCAUGUCACUUCGGCUGACCUAGAUUUGACGAAAUAAAUCGGCCACCGGAGGAAAAUGUGUGUUCAAGACCUGCUGCCGUCGUCGUCGUCGCAGUGCACACAUCUUAGUCAAACACGCCCUCUGAAGUGAAGUGAAGUGAAGUGAAGCUCCGCAGCGCCGCCGAACCGACCUCAAGCCCACACGGAAAGGCUCCGCACCGUGAACCCGAUGAACACCUUCCCUUCCUUCUCUGCGCCUCCGCCCAACGCACCAACCAUCCAGUCAGUGUGUAAGCCCUGUCUGCGGGCCCCGUGGAGGAUGAACGAUGUGCCCACACUCGACUAUGAGUUGCUGCUGUCCCCGGCCAGCUCCUCCCUCCCCGGCAGCCCUGGCGGCGGCAGCAGCAGCCCGCCCCUGGCCCUGGUCGGGGUGGACACCGAGCAGCGCACUGCCUUGGCCUUCGUAGGCCUCCUCAUGCUCUUCCUGGUCUUCCUGCUGGUCAGGUGCUUCAGGAUCCUGCUGGACCCCUACAGCCGCAUGCCGGCAUCAUCCUGGACUGACCACAAGGAGGGGCUGGAGAGGGGUCAGUUUGAUUAUGCACUGGUGUAGGGCGGAGUGGGAACUCUGCACACGGACUUCCUGAAGCGGUUUAGAAGCGAAGACGGCGUGUUGUUGUGAAUGCACCGUUGUUGGAGUGGUUUACAUCACUGUGUACUAGUGUAAAUACGAGGCUGCAGGACCGUCAGUAACCAGAACAAGCGUGGCUCAACACCCUGCAAGUCAAACACUCACCCGAACCCGGAGGUUGGCCCGUGAAGGACAGAAACAACGAGCUGCACAGCUGCCUUAACCUGACCUACUGUAACAGUCACCACAGAAUCACUCCAGGGCUCCAGAGCUUGUCGCUUUUAGAAACACAAUUUGAUUUCAGGAGCAACAUACGUUUGUUAUCACUCCAUGUGCAGGCAGAACACAAACGAAGGAGUUUACACUUAAAGCAGACGCCCCUUUAACGAACCAAGGUCCAUUACAAAGUGCUGAUCAAGGAGCACAGACUCUUUUUUUUGUUGUUGUUGUUGUGAUUUCUGAUCCUCGAGCAGCACUAGAGUUUAAGAUGCUUUGAGCAGGUAGUUUGUCUCCAUGAAAUCUGUGUCCGUUUUGUGUGUUACUGUGUCUAUAACUGAGAAGCCAUAUUGAAACUAUAUAACCCCUGCAAGUAGAGUUUACGUUCCCCGGUUGUGUCCUUUGCUGUAGUCGGCCUGCCGAGCGUGGUGAUGAAGCAAACAGCAACCUUUAGGCAAGAGAAAGCUUUAUUUUUCUAUUCUCGACUCGAGUUUUGGAGUCUCCUUUUUGCUAUCUUUUUCUCUCUUCCUCCUCCUGUAUCGAUCUUUAGACUGUGGAUUUUUGAGGUAGUCUCGCAGCCCAGGAGGCAAAGCAGGUAGCUUUGCUUUUUCCUUGUGUUUUGUAAUUACAUAUUUUUCUGACUCUCUGCUUUGUUUUUUGAUACACUGGGUUGAAAACAGUGAAAAAUAGCGAGAUGUUCUCCUUCAUA